AUGGAACAGCUGUUUGGUGCUAAGUCUGUAACUCUUUUUGUGAUUAGUUCUCAGGAUAUUAGAUCAAUACUGUUAAAGCUUGUUGAACAACUACAACGUUAUGAAGAUGAAAGAAAUUUCUUUUCUGCUGGUGGUGAACCUGUUGUAUCGUUUGGAGAUGAGUUUAAUAGUUCAAAACAUACACUGGAAGAAAUAAUUAUUAUGCAACCAGAACGGAAUUGUUUCAAUCAAUCACAAAUGUCGUAUGAAAAAUCCUCUCCAUCCUCAUCAUCAUCAUUAUUAAUUCAUAAAUCAUCAUCGUCAUCAUCAGCGGUGCAUUGUAACACUGAAACUAUUCAUUGUAAUAAGAACAAAUUGACAGGCACAACAUCGUCGAUGUCUGCGUGUUCUCAUUCAAAUCAAGCGAAUCAUCACAACAAUUCAAAUCAUCCGACACCAAAGCGGGAAUUGAAUAGUUCUACUACUGCUACUACUACUACUACUACCGCUGAUGCUACUGCUGCCGGUCCUUCAUUUCUGCAUGCAUAUUUAAUGAAAACAAGAGAAGAUGAAACAAAUCCAACUAAAACUCUACGUGUAUCAACUCGUUCAACAACCAUAUCACAAAAUCAAUCAAACCCUAUAGCCAAUACAAUUUUAUCUCCUUUAGAUGAACAAGAUGAUGUUGAUGAUCAAGAUGAUUCAUCCGAAGAAUCUGAAUGGUCAGCUCAUAUUGAUGUAGAUAUUGGUUGGUGGAGUCGACAACGUCGUCGACGAACUCGACGUCAAGGCAAUACAAAUGAUACAACAGUAACAGGAUUGCAUGAUACAGAACAAUUGAAUUCUUCAAAUCCUAUGGAUGAGACAACAAUGGAUCUUGAUAUUGAUGAAACAAUGGACGAGUUAAGAUUAAUUUAUGAAAAUGGUGAAGCAUCUCUUUCUUCUGGUCAUACAGAUACAAAUCCGAAUGGAUCAAUGACUGAAGGUGGUACUAGUAGUAUCAGACGAUCAUUACGUCAACAACGUCGUCUUUUAAUGAAACGUAGACUUAUGCGUGAAGCGAAAAAAGCCGAGGCAAGAGCUGCACGUGAAGAAAUCGAAAAGAAAUGCUCUGUUGCUCGACGAUCUCGACGCUUUCUCAAUCUAACAGAAGAUGAAGAUUCUACUAGUCGUGACACAUGUAUACCAGAAUCUUCUAGUCAUGGUCAGUCUGUAGAAACAAUUACACCAGGUCAUAUUGAUACACUGUCUAGAAGAGAACGUCUCAAGCGACGUUUAAUUCGUAGCCUUGAUUAUGCUGUAAUGUCUAUUACUACUACUACUACUACUGGUGGUAUUCGGACUUGCAGUAAACUACCCCUAACUCGAAUCCCAUUAGAUUGUUAUUUGUCACCUGAUUGUGAAGGUCCAGACGAAGAAUUAAAUCAGAAUCAUUUCAUUCUAUCCAAUAUUAAUGUACAUCGUUGGGAUGGUCCAUAUUUUGAUUGGUUAUCUACUGUUCGACCAGUAGCUUCACCUUAUCUCCCUCAAACCGGUGAUCGUAUUGUCUAUUUAUAUCGUGGUCAUCAAGAUUAUUUAUCUCAAGCAUGGGAUGGUGGUCAUGUUCCGUUAAUGGAUAGUUUAGAUCAACAAAAAACAAACUGUUCACCUUCUCCUCCUCCUACUCAUUUACCUUGGACUAUUUGGCCUGAUUUACCAGAAUUUUUAUGUUGUACAGUACAAAAACUUACUUAUCAUAUUGUACGUAUCACUGGUAACAACUAUUCAUCAACCUGCUACUCCACCUCCACCUCGUCUUCAUCAACAUCAUCAUCCGUUGUACAUUCAAAGAAAAACACUAGAAAAUCAUCAUCAAACACAACGAAACUUUUAAAACAAUCGAAACAGCUGAUUAAUUUGAAAGAUUUAAAAGAUCAGAAAUUCACAACCGCCAACAACACUACAACCACUGCCACUACCUCAUCAUCCGUAUUCAAUAAUGAAUGUCCUGUUGCAUCAUCGACUAGUCUCAACGGUGCUGGUCCUGCUUCUGGCACCAGUGGUGGUGGUGGUGGCAAUAUCUGUUCCUCCUCCUCCUGUUCAUUAUCAUCAGCAACAACAACAUCGACAACAUCAUUCGAUGAUGGAGAUAGUUUUGUUCGAUUGAUUACAUUAGAAUUACAGAUUGAUACAGAACAACCUUAUACAAAAUUAACUUAUACUAAAUGUUGUCAUACAGAACAACAUGAUACUACUACUACUACUCACACUACUACUACUACUACUACUAAACAUCAAGACGACAAAUCAAAACAACAACGUCCAAAUAUUAUUCAUGUUACUUAUCAUGAUGUUGAUGGUAUAUUGGAAUUUAUUAUACUUCGACGAAUAUUUGAUGCAUCAUUAAAGCAUAAAUGGAAUUCAGGUGACUUGUUUAUCUGCCCUGUUGGUGAUAAUUCAUGGUGGCGUGGUGUGGUUGUUCGUAGCCUUUCAAAUAAUAAUAAUAACAAUAUAUCAAUAUUACAACCUAGUACUUCAACACCCGUUGAACAUUCAUUAAACACUACUUAUUUAGUACGUUGGUUAGAUGACAAUGAAUCAUUCCCAUGUCAUAAUGACAGUACUAGUUAUUGUACCAAUAGUAAUGACACAACGGAUUACAACAACAACUACUACUACACUACUGAAUUGUUAGAUAAAUUACCGGAGAAUAUGGAUUAUGUGAAUUCAUGGGAUAUGUUUAAAUGGUGUGCUGAAUCGACUAAUCGUGAUAAUGAUGAUGGUGAUGGAGGUUAG